AUGGAAGAGAGUGAUGAAACUGGUCAGCCUGUCUCAGCAGGGAGGCAAGAAAUUCGAAAGAGAAGACGACCCAGCCAACCAAUGAUAGACAAAGCCCAGCAGACUGAAGUAACAGAGAAAAAGAAGCACAUGGCCACACCACAGCCAUCUGGUCCCAAAACUACCCAUAGCAUUGGAAAUAUUCCUGGAAGCAAAGUCAACUACUCUGCUAAAGAAUAUGAAUCCUGUAGAGUAUCUUCUCAACUUCAGAAAACUUGGACAAAGAGAAAACGUGGACAGGAAGUGACUGAUAAAUCUCUUCAGACAGAUACUAUCAUAGAAGAGAAAAAAGAAGAAAUCCAUUCAGUUGGUGAAUCACUGGUGCUUGAAGAAAAGUCAAAUAAUGUUGGGGAAGCAGUUCCUGAAUUGCUAGAGAGAGUUCAUGAAGUAGAAAUUCCAUCAAGUAAACACUCAGUUCAACUCAAAAUAGACAGAUCUCAGCAGACGAGUUGUACUGGAGACUGGACCAUGAUAAACAUUCCUCAUAUAGAAAGAGUGGACAAGGAACAGCAGACAGACAUUAGUGAAUUACAGUUAAUGGUAAUUGGCAAACCAAGUAGUUCUUUUACAAUGUCAAAGGAAGGUGACCAGUUUCAAAAAUCUUCAGGGAAGAUUUUUGUCAGUGAACAUCCUGAAUUUCAAGCAGCAACAAGUAACAAAGAAGAUAUGAGACAGGACAGUAUCAGCAAAGCUUUAUCUAGUCAGUCAACCCAAAAAGGUACUCCAGUACUUAUUUCAGAAAAUGAAGCUAGGAUUGAUGACGUCACUGUAGAAGUACAACCUCUACUGGAUGAAGAGAUUGCUGCAGAAGAGCUUGCUGCUACAAUAGAGCCCAUGACUACUGAGGAGGCCCCUGUUGAAUUUCAGCUUCCCCUAGUUGAGGAGACAUCAGGUGAACUUCAGUGUCUACCAGGUGAGGAAACUCUGGCAGAUGUGAUCCCUGCUAAAGUAGAGCCUUCCCCAGCCGAAGAGACUCCUGUUGAAGACAGUACUCUUGUUGAAGAGGCCCCAGAAGAAAUACAUUCUCCACCAGCUGAAGAGACUCCUGUCAAAGAGAGUACCCCUGCUAAAGAGGCCCCAACUGAAGAAGUUUCUGAAGAAGAGGCUGCUGCUGAAGAAGAACCUACACCUGCUGAACUUAUUGAACUUCAGCUGCCACCAGGUGAGGAGGCUCCUUUAGAAAAACAACCUCCCCCAACUGAAAUGGGACUUGCAGAAGAGGCCCCCGAUGAAGUUCAGUCUCCACUAGCUAAUGAGGCCCUUGCAGAAGAGUCCCCUGCUGAAGCUCAGUCAUCACCAACUGAGGAGGUCCCUACAGAAGAGUCCCUUGUUGAACGUCAGUCUCCUCUAACUGAGGAGACCCUUGAAGAAGAGUCCCCUGCUGAAGGUCAACCUCCAUCACCUGAAGAGACUCCUGCAGCUAAUCAGGCCCCUGUAGUAGAGGCCCCUGCUGAAUCUCAGUCUCCAUUAACAGAGGAGAACCCUUUAGAAGUUCUUGAAAAAGAUGUGUCAGCUGAAGUUCAGCCUCCAUCAGCCGAGGAGGUCCCUGUAGAAGAGACCCCUGCUGAAGUUCAGCUUCUACCAACUGAAGAAGUAACUGAAGAAGAGCCCCCUGCUGAACUUCAACCUUUAAUAGGUGAGGACAAGGCCCCUGAUAUAGUUCAGUUUCUACAAGCUGAAGAAGAUUCUAUAGAAGAAACCACUGAUGUAAUUCAUUCCCCAGUAGCUGAGAAGACAACUGCAGAAGAAAAACCUCCUGAACAUAUGCCUCCAUUAGAUGAGGUGGCUCUUGCAGAUGAGGCCACUGAUGAAGUUCAGUCUCCACCAGCUGAGGAAGCUUCUGCAGAAGAGACAUCUGUUGAAGUCCAGUCUGCACUAGUUGAGGUUUCUGCAGAAGAGGUCCCUGUUGAAUUCCACUCUCCAUUAGCUGAGGAUGUUUCUGCAGAAGAAAUUCCUGCUGAAGUUCAACUUCUACCAGCUGGAGAACCCCUUGAAAAGAUUCCUGUGGAACUUCACCCUCUAACAAUUAAAGAAGUUACUUCAGAAAAGGUACUUGUUGAUAAACAACAACUACGAGCUGAGGAGGACCCUAUUGAAAAGUUUGUUCUAGAAGAGACUACUGAUGAACUUCAUCCACCACCUGUAAAAACUCCUGACAAAGAGACUCUUGAAGAGGAAAUGCCUACUGAACUUUCAUUUCCCCAGGCAGCAGAUGGUCCAGUGGUAAAAUUAGAUUCACCUGUUUUGGAAGGGAUUUCUAAAAAUGAAGAGACGUCUAUAAACUCUUGA